AUGUCUUACGCCGACGCUGCUGCCAAGGGCCCCAAGCAAUCCCCCGAGGAAGAUGAAUCCGAGAGCACGGCCUCCCUGAUCGACGUCGACUCGCCCCACGUCCAAGCCGUCGACCCGGACUUCCUCAACCAGGAGGUCAAGACGACCACCCAGGCGGAGCGUCUUGAGCGCGAGGCCCAAGACGCAGUGGCCAAGCGUGCGCAGGAGGAGUCUGCGAAGAAGGCCAAGGCCCGCAAGGCCAAGAGCCGUGGCCUGGUGGCUAACUCGGAUAACCCUGUCUUCAUCACGAAUGCCGUCGUGGCUACUCUUGUCGGUGCGGGCUUGGGCUUCGGUGCUUAUCGCAAGCAUGUCGAGGGCAAGUUGUCGUGGGAGGUGGUUGGUCUGUGGUCUGGUGCUGUUGGUGCCUUUGGUGUGGUGGACUACUUUGUGAGCAAAUGGUUCCUCCAGAACAAGUACCCUCCCAAAUAA